AUGCCUCAACUAUUAAGUGCGAAAGAGCAGUCGCUCUUUCGCACAGUUGUGCGCAACUAUGAGGACAAGCAAUACAAAAAAGGUAUUAAGGCUGCCGAUCAGAUAUUGAAGAAGAAUCCGAAGCAUGGAGAUACACUGGCUAUGAAAGCCCUCAUUAUGAACUCCCAGGGGAAGACCGACGAAGCUUUUGCGCUGGCAAAAGUAGCCCUCCAAUGCGACAUGAAGUCGCAUGUCUGCUGGCAUGUGUAUGGAUUACUCUAUAGGGCGGUCAAGAACUUUGAGGAGGCAAUUAAGGCCUACAAAUUUGCAUUGAGACUAGAGCCAGACUCUCAACAGAUUCAGCGAGAUUUGGCUCUGCUCCAGGUGCAAAUGCGAGACUACCAAGGAUAUCUCGUCAGUCGCAAAGCCAUGCUAACAGCACGAUCUGGCAUGCGGCAAAAUUGGACAGCAUUGGCAGUGGCUCAUCACCUAAUUGGGGAUUUUGCUGAGGCUGAGGGAGUUCUGACAACUUACGAAGAGACGCUGAAGAACCCACCAGCAAAAACAGAUUUCGAGAACUCUGAGGCUGUCAUGUACAAGAACACUUUGAUUGCUGAGCAAGGGAACUACCAAAAAGCUUUGGAUCACUUAGAAUCUGCUGGCAAACAUAAUCUGGAUAGGCUUGCUGUUUUGGAGCUGCGGGCUACCUACCUUGCGAAGCUUGGCCGGAAAGACCAGGCUGAGAAAGCGUACCGCGCUCUCAUUGACCGCAAUUCGGAACACAAGGAAUACUAUGAUGAUCUUAUAGAAGUGAUGGGAAUUGCAUCAACGGAUCAUAAGGCCAUGAAGGCAAUUUAUGAUGAAUAUGCGGAAAAGUAUCCUCGGUGUGAUGCCGCGCGGCGAUUGCCUUUGAAUUUCUUGGAAGGUGACGAGUUUCGAGACGUGGCCGAGAAGUAUAUCCAUCGGAUGUUGGACAAAGGCGUUCCUUCAACCUUUGCAAAUCUCAAGCAUCUCUAUGCGAGCUCUUCCAAGAAAGAAACUCUUCCUGCUUUGGUCCGACAAUACAUUGAUAGCGGCAAGAGCGAAGCUAAUGAAGAGCCGAAGAGGCACGGCGAUACAUCCAAGGGGGCCUCCGCCGCAUAUUAUUUCCUUGCUCAGCAUUAUAGCUAUCACCUGAGCCGGGAUCUAGACAAAGCUAUGGAGUAUAUCGACAAGGCCAUUGAACUAGAACCCGAAAGUGUUGACUUUUACAUGACAAAAGCACGGAUCUGGAAACAUUAUGGAAAUACACAGAAGGCUUCUGAGACCAUGGAGCAUGCACGCACUCUUGAUACCAGAGAUCGACACAUCAACACGAAAACCGCCAAGUACCAGUUAAGGAAUAACGAAACCGAAGCCGCUAUUAAGACGAUGGGUCUGUUCACUCGAGCAGAGACACCUGGAGGGCCACUGGCCGAUUUACAUGACAUGCAAUGCGUGUGGUAUUUGACCGAAGAUGGACAGUCUCAUGUGCGCCAGGGACAUAUUGGCCUUGCUCUCAAAAGAUUUACGGCCAUAUACAACAUUUUUGAUGUAUGGCAAGAGGAUCAAUUUGACUUCCAUAGCUUCUCAUUGCGCAAAGGUCAAAUACGGGCUUAUAUAGAUAUGAUCAAGUGGGAGGAUCGUUUACGGGAACACCCAUUCUAUUCUCGCGCAGCGCUCUCCGCGAUCGAAGUAUAUCUCAAAAUGCACGACAAGCCAAUAACGAAUGGGGCAAAUGGAACUGCAGACGUAAACGGCGAGGACGCCGCUGAACGGAAAAGAGCCGCCAAAAAAGCGCGGAAAGAGGCACAAAAGGCUGAGCGCGAAGCUCUUGCCAAGAAGAACGAGCCGAAUAAAUCCACAAAAGAAGGAGACAAUGACCCAAAGAAAAAGGAUGAUGAUCCAGAUGGAGCAAAACUGGCAGCCACGACGGAGCCCAUCAACGAUGCGAUGAAGUUCUUGACACCGCUUUUGCAAUUCAGCCCAAAGAGCAUUGACGCACAACUGGCCGGUUUUGAGGUGUACAUUCGACGAAAGAAGUAUAUCCUUGCGCUGAGAUGCUUGCUAGCAGCUGCAGGACUCGACCGGGAACACUCUAAAGUGCACCAACAAAUCAUCCGGUUCAAACUGGCCGUUGACAAAGAUUUGGAAACACUUGCCCCACAAGUCGCUGAAGUUAUCAAGUCCGAGUUCAACCUCCUGCCAGCAUCCGUUUCCCUCACGCAGUACAAUGAUGAGUACCUCUCGAAGAACAAGGACUGUGCGCGGCGAACUCUUGCCGCACUAAGUGCGCGGAAGUUGCUGUCGCCUGAGUCGUCGCCCAAUUUCGAGAAAGAUGCCAUGGCUACUCUUAAGCUGCCCGGUACCACUUUUGAGGAAGCGAAGGAGGGCUUAGAACUCUUGCUCUCGUGGAAUAGUGGCCAGGUCGAUGCGUUCCGGUCCAGCGCCGCAGAGAAGUGGCCCAAAGCUACUAUCUUUGCAUCGCCGUCUGCGUGA